AUGGCGGCCCCGAAAGAAGCUACAGAGGCGCAACUAGCCCACCAAGCCCUCCUCGACGAGCUCGACAUCCACUCCAUUCACAAGAGCUUCCGCAACCCGUCCUGGAAACCCAACCAGCGCCGCAACAAGAACAUCAAGACCAUCCUCGGCGACGCCUCCCGCCGCGAGGCCUCAGCCCUGGCGACCCCGCAACAAGAAGAGGGCAGCGCUGCGGCUACGCCGGCGCGGACGACGCGGGGCGGCCGCGGCGGCAACGACGACGACGGCCUCUCUACCAGCGGCGCCUCGACGCCAGCCGCCGGCAACGGCAGCGGCAACAACGACGACAACCCGAACCUCGCGCAGGCCUCGCGCAGCCUGUCGAAGCUUGUUCUUGAAAAGAGUCUGCGCCCCAACGGUGGUGGUGCCGCCGGCGGAGGCUCGGGCCCGAGUGUUACCUACACCAACGUCGAGUCGGCGCCGUCGCUGGCGCACACGAAGCGGUACUGCGAUAUCACGGGGCUGCCGGCGCCGUAUGUCGAUCCCAAGACGCGGCUGAGGUAUCACGACAAGGAGGUGUUUGGGCUGAUUCGAACUUUGCCGCAGGGCGCGGCUGAGCAGUAUCUCGAAGCGCGUGGUGCGCAUACUGUUCUCAAAUAA